AUGACAAUGGACGUAUCCUCCAUCAAGCUCUCCGACCUCCUUCACCACCCCGAUGAUCUGGACAAAAUCCCCGCCCUAAAACUCGAAUACACACGCAAGAAAUCGGCCGUCGAUUCACAACUACGAUCUGGUCUUAAAGAACAACUCGAAGUAACUCAAGCUGGAAUGCACGGUAUUACCGAUGGUCAACGAACCGUUCAACUUAUUAAGGAUGAGAUGAUGAAGAUUGAUAAAUUAUGCGCCGAGGCACAAAAUAUGAUUAAAGAUUUCCCGAAUAUUAACCUGGUGAGCCAGACGCAUAGGAAUUUUAUGGCGGUGGAAACGAUGCGGAAGAAUUUGGUGGAUUUUAAUGAGAGGUUGACACGGGUGGAGGGAUUACUCGAAGAGGAUGAUAGGGAUGAGGAUAAUAUGGGGAAUUUGUUGGCGAUUCAUUAUGAAUUGACGCAGUUGAGAAAUAUUAGGGAUGAUGCUAUGGAACAGAUAUUGAGGGCUGAUGAUCCGGGAUUACAGGGGACGUUGGAGGAUUAUUUUGCGAGGUUGGAUGAUACGAUUGAUUGGUUUGAUGAAAAUAUUGGGAAAGUGGCUCUAAAUUUGAUAGAGGUGGUUGUGCAGGGAAAUAGUAGUUUGGUGGUGAGAUUAGCGGUGGUUAUUGAGGCGGAGGAGAAGAGUGAUAAAAGGGUUAUGGCGUUGCAAGAGGCGUUGAAGGAUCAUAAGGAGAUGGCAGCGAGAUUUAAGAGUAUCACGGAUGGGGCCAAGAGUACGAGAGGAUAUAAGGAGAAGUUUUUGAUGGCCAUUAAACUUAAGGCGGAAGGGAAUCUUGAAGGAACGAAACAAGCAUUCUUGGAGGAUCCAACAAAGUUGGAGAAGGGGCUGAGAUGGUUCUUCAAUGAUUUGAAUGCGGUAAAGCAGGGGAUGGUACCAUUGAUGCCGAAGAAAUGGAAGAUUCUCAAGACUUAUGGGAAAAUUUAUCAUCAAUUGAUGCAUGAUUUUCUUAUUGGCAUGAUUAAUGAUCCGGAUACAAGUUCAGCAAAUAUGUUGGCGAUUUUGAACUGGCCGGAAAAGUACUACACAAAAAUGAACAAGUUAGGGUUUAAGAAGGAUGAAUUACAGCCGGAAGUUUUGGAUGGAAGAGAAACUGAAUUGGUGAGAGAUUUCAGACAACUCAUUAUCAAGUUCUUGGAUCAAUGGCUAGAUCGUAUUUUCAAAACGGAAAAGAAAGAUUUCGACGAGAGGAAUGUGGAUGGUUCGAACUUGGAUCAGGAUGAAUAUGGAUAUUUCCGAACGAAGAACUUGGUCGAUAUGUGGCGUAUGUUACGUGAACAAGUAGAUGCUGCAGGUAAUUCCCAGAGAAUGGAUGUCACCGAAGGAGUUGUCGAUAUUAUGAUCGUACGUCUGAAGACUCGUCAACAAACAUGGCAGGAAAUGCUCGAUAUUGAAGCUGCGAGAUAUUUCAACGCAACGACCGAACUUGAGGGGUUUCAAGCUUUGCAGGAUUGGCUUGUUGCUACUGCUAAUGAUCAAAUUGCUUGUAUCGAUGAUAAUGAAGAUGAGGGACGAUUUGGAUACCUCACAAGCUUUAGACAAAAAUUCGAACCUCUUGUCUCAAGUACAUAUCUCGAGCGAGUGGAUAUUGAGAUCACCAGUUUGAAUGAUGGAUAUGUCGAUUUAAGUACUCAUUGCAUAUCCAAAUUCGCAACUUUAAUCUUUGCCGUCGAUUUCAAAACCGUCAUGCCGGAUUUCUUCACAUCAAAAUGGUAUACGAAUACAGCGAUGAAACAAAUGAUUGUUACCUUUGAGGAAUAUAUUAAUGAUUAUAAAAACGUCCUUCAUCAUUCCCUCCUCGAUAUCUUCAUCGAAGAACUCGCCAUUGAACUUCUCAUCCAAUAUCUCGGCUGCGUCCGCAACAAAGGCGCAAAAUUCAAGAGAAACGAUCCAUUCAAAGAUAAAAUCUUCAACGACGUAUCAACGGCUUUCGAAUUUUUCAAUGGUAACCCAUAUCUAACGGAAGAAGUUAAAGGUAUCGUAGUAGGUAAAUGGGCGGUAACGCAAAGUUUCCUGGAGAUUCUGGAAUGUGAAAAAUCGGCAGUGCCGGAUGUAGUAGAGGGAUUUAAGAGGGAAUAUUGGGAUGCGGGAUUGGGAUGGGUAGAGGCGGUUUUGAGGGCUAGAGAUGAUUUUGAUAGGGGGAUGUUGAAGGGGGUUAAGGAGAGGUGGGGGCUUGUGGUGGGGGAUAUGGAGAGGGGUGGGGAAACUAUUAUGGCGAGGGUUAAGUAG